AUGAUCGAAGCAAUCGUGGGCAAUUUGUCGCCCACUCGGGCGCUGCUGUGGGCCGUAGGCCUGUUCACGGCCUAUUGUGUGUUCCGCAAGCUGCAGGCCUCGGCGCAGAUCGCCCGUCAGGGUGCGCGUGCUCCGAAAGUGAAGUUUUAUCUUCCAUAUGCUCUUGAUUUCAUGUACAAAGGCCACCAGGCUAACCUCAAGAAUGAGGACCUCAAAUUCUGGGACGAAACCAUCAUGAGGGCGGGCGGUCGGGAAAACUGCAAGACCGCCGAAGUGGACGCUGGUAUCUCGUCGCGCAUCGUCCUGACCAAGGACCCGGAGAAUAUCAAGGCCGUUUUGACGGGCCAGUUCGCCGAUUAUGGCAAGGGCGAGACUUUUCACCGCGAGUGGAAGGAGUUCCUUGGUGACAGUAUCUUCGCAACAGAUGGCGAGAUGUGGUCGCGUUCUCGCCAACUCAUCCGCCCUAUGUUUGCGCGAGAGCGACUUGUUGACACUGAGAUCUUCGAGAAGCACAUGCAGAAGCUCAUUCCUCUUCUCGGCAAGAACUCACAUGGCGGUCGCGUAGUCGACGUGGGUUCGCUGUUCUUCCGGUACACCCUUGACGCCUCGACCGACUACCUGCUGGGCCAGGGAACCGACAGUCUUGAAAAUCCUGCCACUCGCUUCGCCGAGGCAUUUAGAUAUGUACAACAACGUCAAGCCGAGCUCUUCCGUUUCGGAGUCUUCAAUUUCGCCAUGUCGCGCACUGAAUUCCGCCGCAACCUGAAGAUCAUGGACGACUUCAUGCAGCCGUAUAUUCAGACCGUCCUGAGCAUGUCUCCGGAUGAGCUUGACCAAAAGCUUUCCAAGCGCGACACCUUCCUGCAUGCCCUUGCGCGUUUCACCCGUGAUCCCCAGGUUCUCCGCGACCAGCUCGUCGCCGUUCUCCUCGCAGGCCGUGACACCACUGCCUCUACUCUUGCAUUCUGUCUAUUCGAACUCGCCCGCCACCCGGAAGUCGUCGCCAAGCUGCGCGCUGAGAUCAAGGAUCGCCUCGGGGUUGGCGCCAACGCUCAGAAACCGACCUACGAGGACCUCAAGAUGAUGAAGUACCUCAAUGCUGUGAUCAACGAAACAAUGCGCUAUUAUCCCGUCGUGCCUUUUAAUGUGCGAUUCUCACUGAAGGAUACCACACUUCCUCGCGGGGGCGGACCCGAUGGACAGUCCCCCGUUGGGGUGCGAGCCAACUCUCGUGUGAUUUACUCCACCCUUCUGAUGCAGCGUGAUCCGGACCUGUAUGACAAGCCUGGCUCAAAGAACUACUUUGACCCUGGCCAGUGGAUUCCCGAGCGAUGGGUAGAAGGGUGGUCACCGCGGCCCUGGCAGUUCAUCCCGUUCAACGGUGGACCUCGCAUUUGUAUCGGUCAGCAGUUUGCCACCAUCGAGAUGGGAUAUACCAUCAUUCGGAUCCUCCAGGUCUAUGAGAAGAUUAUCGCCAUGCCUGCCAGUGGAGAGGAUCGUGUGAAGGAUCCUGUGAUGCGAUUCGAGGUGACUCUUAGCCCUGGUGCGGAGUUCAACUGCGUCUUUCUUCGAGAAGGCGAGGACCCGAAAGCCGGUCUCUGA